AUGACAAAGUAUCAUCUACUUUACGGAACCAGCAGUAGAGAUGAUAAGAAGCUCAACAUCAGCGUUUACCGGAAACCAACACAUACAGACCAGUAUCUCCAUUUCUCCCCCAGUCACCCUAUCCAAGCCAAGAGAGGGAUAAUUUCAAUCCUGACCAGACGAGCCAAGAACAUCUGCUCCACAGCCGCAUCACUAGACACCGAGUUGGACCACCUGAGACACGUCUUCACCAACUACAACAAAUAUCCUGCAUCGUUCGUCGACCAGACCAUCAACAACACCCUCGACCCUGACUAUAAACCUCCCCGACAGCAAGCAGCCCCCUUCACCAUCAGCCACCCCUUCAUCGGACCAACUAGCCACCACAUCCGACGACUCCUCAAACAGCAAGCCAACACUGAUGUCAUCUUCCAAAGAGGCAACACUAUACAGAACCUCCUGCAGGCCACAGGCAGACCCACCCCGGCAAAGAAGCCAGAUCCUGCAGAUGUCGUCUACCAGAUAGAAUGCGACUGCGGCGAAUCCUAUAUUGGUGAAACAUCAAGAACAGUCACCAUUAGGAUCAAACAACACCAGGCCUCAGUAAGAAAGAAAGACUCUAAAUCCGCCAUAACCGACCACCUUAAAGCCAACCCAAACCACAACAUCAGUUGGAACACCACCAAAGUCAUCGAAAGGAACCGGCCCGAUUUCAAAACCCGAAAACUACUUGAAGAUGUCCACAUAAAGAAGAUUUGCCCAGCCAUCAACAGAGAUGAAGGAUAUUUCAUCCCCAAGGCCUAUCAUCACUUGCCCAAUAAACUUCAUGUAACCCUACUCAACCAUUGUACAUUAUCCAUUGUGUAA